AUGAGCACUUGGCAACGUUGGGUGUUCUUAUUCACCUUAUCGGCUCUUCUGGCGUCAUUUCUCGCAAAUACAAUAUUUUUCUGUCUUUUUAACUUAUACAACCAAGAAAUUUACGUCAGAAAUAGCAUUAAGAAGGUGUCUGUUCAUGUUGAGAACGUUCUUCCUGAAAACCAAUGGUUAGACUUUUUGUAUAAGAAGACUCAUGUAAAGUUCUCACAUGAUAUAAGUAUUAAAGAGGCGUGCCGUAUGGAUAACUGCUUCGAUUACACACUGUGUCAAUCGGAAUUUAAGGUUUACGUAUAUCCUCUCUCGUCAAAACAAGCCAAUCUAUCUUUAACCUAUCAAAAAAUCCUCACCGCUUUGCAUAAUUCAAAACUUCUCACAUCAGACCCAUAUGAAGCUUGUAUAUUUAUUCCUAGCUUGGAUACUCUAGAUCGAGAUCGUUUAAGCCCACAUUUCGGUCAGUAUAUAGCUCAUGAACUCGUUAAUUUACCAUUUUGGAAUUCGUUGCCUAGACGAGAUCUUGAUCCUGAUUCACUCUCAACCACUACUCAAAAGCCAUCAGAAUAUGCUGGUCGUAAUCACUUAAUAUUUAAUUUACAUGCAGGCACUUGGCCAUAUUAUCACGAAGAUGAAUAUCGUUUAUGGCUUGGCCAAGCCAUGCUAGCUAAAGCCAGCUUUUCGACUAAAUAUUUUCGUCCAAAAUUUGAUAUUUCUUUACCACUUAUUCACUCUCAACAUCCUUUACAAUCGGGGUCAAGUCAGUUGGAUCAAUUAGUGAGCAGUGAACAUUUACGUGGUCGACUUGAUCUACCAUAUCUUUUAAGUUUUAAGGGUAAACGUUAUGUCAGUGGGAUUGGAUCAGCAUCACGUGAUAUACUUUCUCAUUUACACAAUGGAAAAGAUAUAAUUAUGUUAACUACUUGUCGUCAUGGCACAGAUUGGACACGAUAUGCUGAUAAACGUUGUGCUACAGAUAUGGCUUUAUAUGAUGCAUAUGAUUAUUGGGAAUUAAUGUAUAAUUCCACGUUUUGUCUUGUUCCUCGUGGUCGACGAUUAGGUUCAUAUCGGUUCUUAGAAGUUUUGCAGGCUGGUUGUAUCCCAGUUAUGUUGAGCAAUGAUUUGGAACUUCCGUUUUCUGAAGUGAUUGAUUGGAAUCGAGCAGUUAUUUGGGCUGACGAACGAUUACCUUUAUUGCUCCCAUUAAAUCUACGACGCAUUACAUCGCAUCAGAUAAUUCAAUAUCGACAACAAGUAAUGUUUCUUUGGCAUACGUAUCUAUCUUCAAUCGAAUCAAUUGUUCUUACAACACUUGAGAUUAUACGAGAUAGAGUUUCGCUUCGUCGUCGGAGUUACGAAAUUUGGAAUACAUUACCUGGUGGUCUCAUAGUUUCGCAUGUAGAUUCUAUGGACAGUUGUGAUGUAGCAGUUCAACGAUAUCCGAUGCAUUGUCAAUCCGAAAUCAAGUCAGGUUUCACAAUGUUAAUUCCAAUACGUGCAGAACUUUGUACUGUUUAUUUGGAACGGUUAAAAUCUCUCGGUAAAAUUCUGUUCCAUUCCGAGUUUUUACGAAAGAUAAUUCUGAUUUGGCAAUGCAAGAAUUUUCCACCAAAUAAUAAUGAAGUAAAAUCUUAUACUCCAGUCCCAGUUGAAAUCGUUCUCCCUGACGAACGCUUUACACUAAGAUAUUCUUCUAAUUCUAUAUCUCCAAGUGUUCGUUUUCAACCUUUUCACGAAAUUCCUACCUUGGCUGUGUUUGCAUAUUCAUUAAACUUGAACAUUACAGUUGAACAGUUAAAUUUCGCAUAUCUAACUUGGCAAGAAUUUCCUAAUCGUUUAGUUGGAUUUCAAGCUCGUUCACAUUAUUGGAAUACCACAGAUAACCUAUGGAAAUAUGAUGAUAAUCCAUCGAUGAAGCAUUUUUCAAUAGUUUUACUAAAUGGGGCAUUUUAUCAUCGUUAUUAUCAUCAUCUGUAUCAAACAUUGUUGGAUCGUAAACUUCAUGAGAUUGUCAAUGUAUUUAACAACUGUGAAGAUAUCCUUUUUAAUUGUCUUAUAAGUCAUGUGACUAGUUUACCACCAAUUAAAUUAUUUAGUACAAGUCAUACAGAACAAAAACUAUUGUCAACGAAUGGAAUCUUAAAUUUAACUGAAUUAAAUACUUACCGCGAACAGCGAAGUUUAUGCAUACAAGCUUUUUCGCAACAUUUUAUAAAAGUCCCAUAUACUGGAAAACAUUCUAAUCAUAACAUUAAUAAUCAGUAUACUAGUGGAAGAGAUACACCCGAAUUAUAUUUACCACUUUACGAGAAUUCGUAUAGCAUAUAUCCUUCGAUGUGA